UUUAAUUAUGGACAACAUGACAAAAGAUAACAAAUUCUGUGCGAAAGAAGAGGCUUAAAGCGUCAAUGAAGAACCUGUAGCACAGAGGAGCUACAAGAAAGCGCAGGGGGGCGAAUUUAGGCCACGGCCUUGAUAGGGGAUGCGACGCUCGUCCUGAAAGACCGCGAUGACAGUGAAAAUAUCUGAAGAGUAAAUAAAUAGAGAAGGCAGCGAUUGUCUUUCGUUUUUUGGGACCGAAAUGUCGCGAAACUAUGCAGCCUUCAGCGCGAUCCAGUCUUUUUUCGAUCUGCGCGUGAAAAUGUUGGGUGAAAUGUAGGAUCGUUUGACCACCAACGUUGGGUCACAUUCCAACAUAAAAGAAAAAUGUUGGGCGAAAUAUUGGGUGAAAUGUUGGAUCGUUUAACCAGGGCUUUAGUCCAAUCCUCAUCAUUGAUUUCGUCAUUCACCUAGGUAUGGCAUAUUUAUUUAUGGAACAAUAUUGUCAAAAAAAAAUCUUGGGCGACCCCCUUUUCAAUGCCCAACAUUGGCAAAUUUCUACUUUUGCUAUUGUUUUUCGCAACAUUUUGUUCAAGAGCCCCCUUUUUAUUUUUGAUAGCACUACACCACUGCAUAUACCUUGUCUCCUAGAUGCUUUAGAGUCACCUCAUUUUAAUCCAGCCUUAUAACUCGAAACAGGCAGAAGACAAAGACUAAUUAUCAAGCAUAGGCUUCCCCCUGACCACAGAUAUGGAAUCUUAUGCUGAACAGGAUUAGACUAUAUCUUCUUAAAUGCGACUGUCUUACGAAAUUUUCAAUAAAGAUUUGCUGGGCAGGCCGAAUUCUCAGACAGCUGUGGAAACUUUAAUUGCAAAUUCGAGCGAGUGCUUUCGAUACUGUCUUUAAAAACUGAUAAGUAAUAACGAAUUCAUGUUGAAUGUAAUUUGGAGGGCACGGAGCUGGAUUUUGAGUUGCAGCUGGAUAGUCUGCUUGGUGGAGAAUUGGCAUUCACAACUCACUGUGUUUUGGUAACUAAUAUUUGUAAGAUUUCACAUUUUCUUUAAUCGCUAUAUCAUUUUCUGAAUCGGGGAAUGUCGUAUAUUAUAGCUGUUUUUACAUUUUGGGAUAAACUGUUGAACAGCUUUCAGAUGUACGAUAAUUACUCUGAAGGAAAAGCAGGCUUUUGAGAGUUUUUCUUAACGGUCUACACAGUUUUCCUGAGAACAGAUGUGAUUUUAAAGGAACAGAGCAACAGACUUUUUCGCUCAAUAAUUACCUUAUUGUUUUCGGUCCAUGGCACUGUUGAAAAUUCAAUUUUUUAAUGGUUGAGCAGACAUAAAAAUUUUCCGAUUAACGUUCAGGAAUGUCGAAAGAUAAGAAGUGGGGUUAAUUCGGAUUCAAUUCCAGGGUUCACGUUCAAGGAAUUUCACAUCUGUAGAAGUUAUCACGCAUCUUGAUUGUUUCUCCUUUUGCCCCAGGGUCCGAUUUGUCUCUCAAUUCCCACAGCUGAAGCUUAAUGUUUCUGACAAAUAUGACAUUUUCAUAAAAUUUGCCAAAUAUCAAGCAGAAAAGAUGGUAGAUCUCCGUCCAAACCUAACAUCUCCAUAAUGCUGAAAAACUUUAACAGUACAGGGUAAGACUCACUUCGAAGAAUUCUGGGGGCACAUCACUCUAAGAAAAUCUCGUACACCUUUUGUGAAAAUCCUGUUGUUUUAUCUGAAAAUGCCCAGAAAUCCUUUUGAUUUAGGCAAAAUCUCGUACGCUAUUUGCAAGAGUGAGUCGCUCCUCGGAAGAAAUGAGCUGACUACGAGAAUACGGAGAUAUGGGAAUCAUAAAAUGUACAAUAGAGCACCUUCCUACUGCUAGGACCCUACCACCUUGAAAUUUGUUUCUUCAAAAUAGUUCAGGAGAAAUUUAACUGCUACACAAUUCUUGGUUACUAUGCUAAACGAUAAUUCCUGCCGCUUCAUAUGUCAAUGUCAAAGUAACGAGACUUACGGGUUUCGGUCAGUGACGUAAAUAUAUUGAUUCUUUUUUGGAUCCCAUUAACCCAUGCUGCGGUAGCCUGCGCACAGGCACGAUUUAUCUUCCCAGAGAUGAAUUUAGUUGAAUGGAAAAUUCAGGAUUUCUUUCCAAAAUUAGAGGCUGCCAUGCUCAGUUUUGCAAACUAGUAACAGAAAUCGAGGGGCAAUUCACUAUUGCAAAUAGCAUAAGAGAUUUUCCCUAAAACAAAAGGAUUUCUGGGGAUUUUCAAACAAAAUAAUAGGAUUUCCACCAAAAAUGUACGUGUUUUUUUAGAGUGGCUUACCCCUCGACAGAAAUUGUUAGAAAAAAAUCCUUUGCAAAUAUUUUCCGUGUGGUUAAAUCAUUCAAAAUUUGGUCAUAAUCACAUAAUUGUUCUCUCGAUCAUAAAUCUUUACUACAAAAGUUUUAUUGCAGCCGUGGUAAAUUUAAUUUUCAUUAAAAUGUCAGUUCUUUUGAAAUAUUAUCACCCAAAGCGUGCUGCAUUAUGGCACCAGGAAACAUUAUGAUUUGUCAUCAUAAAGAAAUGAAAGAAAUUAGUUAUUAGGGUGCAAUUAAAGCUAGACUACCUUAGCAAUAAAUGGACAAUUAAAAAAAGAAAAUGCGUAUCACGUAUAAAAGAGAAGUGUGAAUAAUGUUGCAAGAGUGUGUGCCCUUAUUGUUUUUAGAGAGAUUACGUAUGGAAAUUGCAGCGUUCAUCCUUUCUGAUCUUCCGGAAGGCAUAGGCAGUUCGGUUCGACAGGAGAAAGGUAUGAAGAUUGUUAACCUUAUUAGUUAAUUUUUUUAACAAUUUCACUCAAGAUAUUCUGUAAGGUGUCUUAAAAAGCCUAGUCAGUCCUAGCCUAUGUAGACAUGGAAUACGACAGAAAUAGCAAUAAGUUAUAUUAGAACGAAAUGAACUGAGGAUUGCCAAAUAAAGUUGAAAAAUGAAUAAUGAGUAAAAUUUUUAUAAGGUUAAAUGGAAUGCAUAGGCCUGCCGGCGAAUAAAUCGUUGAGAAGGAGAACACAGCACCGUAAACUGUUGUUGUACGAAAAGCGUCUCAUAAAUAUUCAUGUUGAAUGUACUAUGUAGAAUUCGAUAUAAGAAUGGUAGCCCCGCGGGGAAGGAGCGCUGCACAAGUGCAGACCUUUGAAUGGGCUUCAAUAUAGUGAGCCAGGGGGCACCUCAGCGACUGUUCAAAGAUGCUGAGUGCCCUGCUGCAAACAUAACUAGGAAACCAUUAAGUAAAAGUUUAUUUUCAUUCUGCGAAUUGCCGUUCUGAAUGGACUCAAUCAAGCUGCCAGCCAUGUUUUGGUAAAAAGAAGCGAUAUCAGGGGGGCAGUUGUCGUCUGAUGCAAGUCUGAUGCAAUGUAAAUAGUCAUUGGACUAUCAUAGAAUCAUAUGUCGUUCAUCAGCAGGCAAAGCCCCUUUGCAAUGGUCUCAAAGCAUUUCACGAAAAUCUACCCACACCGAAUGAGACAAUGUUCAAUCAGUCUACUCAAUGGUAUUCUCACCUUGUUGGCAGUUAGAGCACGAAUCAGCGUUCAUAACGAUUAUCCUUGGCAGUUGACGGAUCUCCUGUCUUGCCGAGAUGAUGUUGUUUGGCAGUUUGGCAAGCAAGAAGAAAAAGUGUAGAAAAGAAGGAAAAAUCUCCGGAAUGAGCCUAUUACAUUUAAACGAGAGUUGCCUCCAAAACAUUGUAAGGUUAUUGGACAUUAGUUCGUUUCUUGCUAUUUCAAAAACUUGCAAAAGGUUGUACGAGGUAACGAAAUAUUACUCAAGUUGGAAUAGCCAAGUUAUGCUGAAAAAAGUCGAGGCAAUUAUAUACAAAGCUGUGGAGACGAGAGAUGCAAUUGUCAUUCAAUUGAUGUAUGAGACUUGUCUGAACGCAGAAAAGUUGCAACUAAAUCUCGAGACAAUAUGUGAAGCUAACAUUGCUAAAUUGUGGAAUAGUAUGGGUGCAAUAGCGGUUGAGAUGUUUUCUUUAUUGAACAAGAUUAAUAUUGAUGAGACAGUAGAAGUCUGGCCAUUUUGUCAUGUAAGCAUGAAAGAGCUACAGUUUACAUUAACAGACGGUUCGCAUAUCAAAGUCUCGUACAAGAGUCUUUUGGACAAGCAAAGCUCAUUCAAUAACCACAUCAAGGUAAAAAUAACUGUUACAAGACACGGAAUAAAACAUAUGAUCUUGCUUUACGAUAGCAACCCAAGAGGUUUUUUGGAUAGUGGAAUGCUGCCUAUAAAAACAUCACGAACUAGUAUUGAAGAUGCAAUCGAUCUUUGUGGUGAACAAAAUCCAGAGGUUCUUCGUCCAGCAUUUCAGCUGUUUGAAAAGGAAUUGAGCCACUGUGAUUGCGAGAUAACUUUUGAUUUUUUCGUAAAAUUCAUUCAAAAUAUGGAGAAAGGUUUCGAAGUCGAUAUUGCUCAGUACAAUUUGCAAACACUGGGCCAAAACUGUCAAACAUUACAAGACGCGUUGGAGAAAGCGAGGAAGAGUCGUCAAAGACUUAAUAUUGAGUAUUUUCAAACAGAGCGAAAAAGACAUGAAAUCCUUAAUCGCGAGAAUAAUUGUGAUGGGUUUAUCUAUUGUCUUGGAAAGCUGGCAAGCAUGGGGGGAAGAUACCUGAAAAAUACGAGGCUGAGGGUGCAAUGCAUUCGUGAUGUAUUUCAAAUGCAACAACCAAGGAGCCAGAAAUCAAGAGAAGAUUUAAAAUUGCUUCCUAACGUAAUAUCCAAUUUCGACUUUGAUUCGAUCACACAAGGAUGGGCGUGCAUUAAUCCAAAUUUGUUUACCAUCUGGAAAGAUUUCACUAUCAAGCUCGGCAAUGGAAGAAACUUCAAAGCAACGAUAUCAUGGGAAGAGAAGCGCGAUCGACUAAACGAAUACUCGGUGGCUAAUAACGAAAUAUGUUUGAUCUUGCACAGGAAAACGCUGACCGUGAAAAGCAAGAUGGCGAAUCCAAUGGACGUGAGCGAGCGAACAAGAUCGAUAAAAAACUUGAAAAAGGCAAUGAAAAAAAUUAUUUCGAGGGUACGGCUGCGAAAGACGGGUCUCAAUGAGAUUUCAAGUACAUUUUUGUUCAGCAUAUUAAUGACUAUUUUGAAUGAUUAAGAAAAAUCGUCAGGGUACGAGAAAAUCAUCAGGAUAGAAGGAAAUCUUUUUUGUAGAUAUACAUAGCAUUAAAGGAGAUAAAUAAUCAUAAUUAAUAGUUUCCAACAUUGAUUAAGAAAAUAUGCGUCUAUGAUUUCAAAUAAAAUCGCAAGGAAGAACAAAUAUAUAUGGAAAUCAAACAAGACAUUUUAGACCAUUUUCAUACAUAAGCAUACUUUUGUCUUUUUUUGUGAUUUAAAAUGUACAGGGUAAGAAAAGAUUAUCAAAUGUUUAGCUAUUUUCAUUGGAAAAAAAUUUGUGCCAAGAAAUCAUAAAAUGAAGCGAGACAAAGACAAACAGUAAGAAAAUAAAUCGAUCUUACUUCUGGAUUCUUUAAUGACCAGCAGCAAAUAAGACCCUCUUCAUUUGAAUCUGACCCGAAAUUGCCAUAACCAACUGCCAAAAGAUCCUAUAAUUCAGAUUGUCUUCUAAUUAGUCUGGGCUUCAAUGUUGAAGUUAUGAUAAAAAAAUUUGAAAUUGAUAUCUAAAAUGUGUCAGGAAAUAUUGUACCAUCGUUAGGUGAAUUUGUGAUUUGUAGUUAUAAACGUUGAAAAAUUGUUGAUAUGCCACUAGAACUGUUGAUAGAAAUGAACAUAUAUAUCAGAUAUUUAAAGUAAGUUAAAGAAUCAUAUCAAACACA